CGAAGUUAUCCCGAACAAAAACAAGAUGGCGGACUACCAGGUGAGCGGGAAUUAAAAAACUAAAUUUUAAAUCGUAAAUUUUAUUGGUUUUGUUAAAUUUUAUCCCACUGAGAUAGAUUCUAGACUAAGAUCCAUUAGUAGCGUGUGGUUUAAAGUCAUUGUACUGUUUCCUUGUGUUAAAUUUAGGCUCAAAUUUUAAAAGAACGCAUGAAACUACAUACGACUAUUUUCGGACAAGCAUUUUCGCCAUGCGGUCACUAUUUGGCAGCAUGUGAUAACUUUGGACGCAUUUGUAUAUUCAGGUAAUCUUAUCUACACAUAGGAUUCGAUUCACAUAUACAAUUUUCACAAUAAAAGAGAGUUAAUCUGUAGUUUAUUUCAGUGUAACAAUAUUCUUUAUAUUUUCACGAUUUCAAUAUUCUUUAUAGUCUUGUAUCGAUAUUAAAACCAGAAGAUAGUAUACUGGACGGUUCUAAACCAUUCCUCACCUUUCAAGGUACUGAAAUUUAAAUAAGAUAUAUUAUGUGUGUAAAAAUUGUUUGAACUCAACGGUGUCUAUCUAGCAUUUGGCAUUAAAAAUACCCCCAGGUGUGCCCCCCCUGUCAGUUCUUACUUCUGUAUUUUUAUACAAGUAUGAGAACUUGCUGAAAACCCAAGCUGCAGGCAACAGUCUUAUUUUAUAAAAGUCUGAAUUCUAAUUAGUUCUAAUGAUGCUAACUAAUUUAAUGAUUAAAUAUGAAUUGUUCUUUAGCUCAUAAAGGACCAAUUUACUCCCUCAUUACUGCAGAUAAUUUCUUAAUUAGGUAAGAUACAUGCAAAUUAUCCACUACAUUUAUGAUAGCAUACUAAAAGUUAAUCUCUAAUUUUACAUGUUACUAUGGUUAUUUAUAUUCUCUUUAUUCUGAUCAUCUUUUUAAUAUAAUCCCUAAAAUAUCUUAUUCGUCUAUUUAAUAUUUUGUGCAAACAUUUAAUUUACCAGUGGUGGUUCAACAGAAAUUUGUGGCUGGCAAUGGAAAGAUAUUCUUAUGAAGGUGCGUAAAAACAUUUUGCCAUUUUUCUUUCAAUCAGGAGAGAAACUAACUAUGUUCCUUUAUAUUUCGUUUAGUUCACUGAACCAGCUUGGAUGCUUCAUCCAGAAAAGUAAUUUACGAUUAGCAUUUCUUGAUCGGAUGCACUUUACAUCAAGUAUCAUACACUUACCUAAUUACAUAUUUAGCCUAGAUUAUUUUAUCUUUAAAACAAUUGUGAUAUUACUUUCUUAACUGUGUUUAUCCUAACCCACCCUGUCAACUUUCCCUGUGGGAGGAAACCAGAGAGCCCGGAGAAAACCCACGACUUUCGGCAGAGCGUUGAGUCGUCGACUGACUCUUUUCACAAGAAUCCAUAGCGAGAAUCCAACCCACGAUCUCAGAGGUGAAAGGCGCUUGCUCUGCGCCACUGAAGCUCCAUUACUGCAAUAGACCUUUCCCCUUAUAACCAAAAUUUUGAUCUAGGCAAGUAUAGACAAAUAUUUCAUCACAGCUUGAAAGAGCAUCACAAAAUUAGUAAUAUUCCAAAGUUUCAUUGCGAAAUGUUGUAAAAUGAGGAAAAUAGAGCCUUGCGAAGUUCGCAAUUUUCAGUCAUUUUGCAUUACAAACGGGAAAUUGCAGCCCCAACACCCGAAUCGGAUGUCAAUUUCCCGUUUGUAAUACAAAAGGACUGAAAAAACGGCAAACUUCGCAAGGCUAUAUUAUCCGCAUUUUACAAGAUUUUGCAACAAAACUUUGGAAUAUUACUAAUUUUGUGAUGCUCUUUCAAGCUGUGAUGAAAUUUUUGUCUAGAUCGAAAUUUUAGUUAUAAGGGGAAAGGUCCAUUCUCAUUUCUGCCUAGUUGAUUUAGGAAACUUUAAAUUUUAACCUUGGCCAAGCUCGUACCCAGGGCCUGCUAAGGGCGAAGGGUACGAGGUUGAAUCUUGGCAAGUUGGCCUGAUAUAUAGUGAGAGGCAUCGUGUAAAAAGGAUUCCGUUAUUUUGUUUUUACAGCAGCGCCUACGGCUACCCAGAAACAAACGCCUUAGUUUACGACAAGGAGGUUUGAAAAAUGACAUUCAAUUGACAUCAUGUAUAUACAGUAGAAUAUACUGCUUCAAUUCUCUUGUUCAAUUUUUCCCAGAAUAACAGGCUCUUUGCUGGAUGUGGUGACAAUAACAUCUACAUGUGGGAUCUGGAGACGCGAAUGCUACAAGUUUGAAUUUCACGUUUUAUACGAUUUAACAAGAUAUUGUGUAGAUUUGACGUGGCAAUGGGUAUGACAAAUAAUCUUUUCUUUAACCCUAGAGCACAUUCAAAGGGCACACAGAUUACAUUCAAUGUCUUGCAUUACGUGAAACCAAGAACCAAUUCUUAAGCGGAGCGGAAGAUGGCACAGUCAGGGUGUGGGGUGAGGAAACACUCAACUCCAAUUUAAAUUUCCUGAUCGUGUAACAUUGUAUACUGAAACGUUCAAAUCCUCCUUAGAUUAUAAAAGCAGAUCAAACAAAGAAUGUCAUUGCAUAAAACCAAAUGGCAACGAGGUAAUACAAUAUUUAUGCUCCUAUAAAGUGUCAACAUUUCAGACGUUGAGCACCAUCUAAUGUCCUAUACCGCUUACUGUAACCCCCUCCCCCCCCCCAGUUGAAAGGCCACAACCCAUGUUUCAAUACUCACCUACGAGAAGAUCUGUUCUUUGUUAUAAAUACAGUAUUGUUUUCCUGUAGGAUAUCAGCAGAUCUUCACUGGGAAAAUGGAUCGGAUGUUUAGCGCUAAACGAGGAACAAGAAUGGAUGGUACAAAGAUUUUAUUCAAACAACUCUGUCACUUCUAAACUGUCAUCUCUGGUGGUCCUGUAAGGGCAUUUUUAGUGAUACAGUGUUACUACACGAGACAACCAGAGUACCAGAAAAACGUAUUUGUUAGAGUCAAGCUGGAAGAAGUCUUCUCAAAUGCGACAGCGGUGAAAUUCAGACAAUUGAAUCGAACCUGAGUCACAGAGGCUAGCUAGGUUUCCACUAUACCAGAAAGCUUUCCGUAGCGGCGCGAAAAAGCACCUAUCCGAUACGGAAUGUACAACUUUCAGAAGCUGAGCGAAACAACAUUUCUCUGUUGCAAUAAUUCCUCUGAAAAUAGCGUUCCUAAAAGGUACGGAUAGCUGUUUCUUCACGUCGCUACGGAAAGCUAUCCGGGUACAGUGCAAACGUAACCAGAGGUAACAUACCCUGUAGAUUUUAUUUUUGUGGAGGUAGCCAAUCUUUAAAUGGAGCUAGACUAUGCCACAUUCUCGUACCCAGAGCCCGCCUUAUACACACGAUCAACAGGGCAUGACAAGGACGCGGUGUACGAGAAUGGGUUUGCCUCAACAGUCAACUGCAGAUCAAAAUUUAGCCUCUGAACGAGAACAAAAUGCCAAGUGUGUCAAUGUCAUGUUUAUGCGCAUAUUCUGGGUAUUUCAGUCUUAUUUAAUACAGCGGAAUAUAGAAGUGCAUUCUGAGAGUUCUUGCAGUUAUUCCAGUUAUUCCAGUUAGUCAGUAACUCCUGGUUUAGAUAACAAGCUCCAAAUGAUUUUUGGAGUUAGCAACACAGCAAGUAACUUCAACCUUACAUGUAUGUACCUAGCGGCUAUAGGCUGACUCGCCUCGCUAUACACAUACUUUUUGGAGUUAGGCAGUAACUCAAGGCUUAGAUACCUUGUUUUUUCAUGAUUUUUGGAGUUAUACGUAGCUCCAAAUGAUUAUUGGAGUUAGCCAGUAACUCCAGGCUUAGAUGCCUAGCUCCUAAAUUAUUUUUGCAGUUGUAUACUUAGCUCCAAAUGAUUUUUGGAGUUAGCCAGUAACUCCAGAAUUCAUAUUUCAACUCUUGAAUUACACAAGUUACUCAAGUGUAUAUUUCGGUUUGGAGUUAGCCCUUUAGAGCUUGGAGGUAGUGUCGCUCCAUAACUUCCUACUUUCUACAGGCAUGACCAGAGGUAACAUACCCUGUAACUAUAUUUCAAACAUCAAAAUGUAAAAGUUUUGGGAGGUAAAAAUGUUCUGUGUGUUUCCUCAGGUCUGUGGCGGUGCUCCGCGACUAUCUCUCUGGCAUCUUUCAUCCUAUACUUGCACCAAUAUAAUGGAUACGCCAGGAUCAUGUCAGCAGGCGGCUGUGUUUCAUAAAGAUCUCGUAAGCAACUCAACCAUGAUUUUAUACUUUUGCUUAACUUCAGACCACCGAGGUGUUGGGAUGUCCGAUGACAGUGCUCGACACUAGGGGGCCAGGGGUCCUACCCCAUACUUUCGGAAAGCCUGUGAAUGAUACAACUUUUCAACAAUGAAAGCAUUGCUAGGCUAUAAAUGAAAUCUAAGGGGAAAAGUUAAAAGAACUACUUGGGUGGUGGUCAUCCCAGGCGCUCAUACUUUGGUAGCCUAGAUUCGCCUUCAAUAUUUCAGCACUCAGAAAUAAUAUUUCUCACGUAGGACUGAGACAAAAUUAUAUUGUCCUUGGCACAGGGGUGAAAGGCAUAUAUACCACUUAUAUGUAACAGACAAGUUCUGACAUUGAAUCUUUCUUCAGAUACUAACAGGUGGAACCAAACCGUAUAUAUACCACUGGCAGACGAAUGGUGAACUAAAAACUAAAGUACCUUCAACAGCAACCACAAUAUAUUCUUUGACCAUCAACCAUUUAUCUGGACACGAGGUAGAAGUUUUCUUUCACCAUUUGGUGAUGAUGGUGGUGAUGAUGAUGGUGUAUGGUGGUAAUGAUGAUGAUAGUGAUGAUGAUUGUGAUGAUAAUGAUUGUGAUGAUAAUGAUAGUGACGGUAGAGUGGUGAUGAUUGAUGGUGAUGAUAGUGAUGAUGGUGAUGGCAAUGAUGAUGAUGAUGAUAAUGGUGAUGACAGUGAUGGUGGUAGUGAUGAUUGAUGGUGAUGAUUGAUGGUGAUGAUGGUGAUGAUAGUGGUGAUGAUGAUAAUGAUGACAGUGAUGGUGGAAGUGAUGGUGAUGAUUGAUCGUGAUGAUAAUGAUUAACCACUAUAUUGAUAACAUCAUGUAUUUUUCUUUCCCUAGGUGUUAGUGACAGCAGGAAAUUGCUCCAGUGUGGAUCUCUUUACAAACUUUGGCUAUAAAGCGUUAUCCUUGACAUUUGUAUAAUAACUAAAAUAUCUGGAGAUUUCUAGUAAAACUUGUAUUAUAUAUAUUGUAGUAUUCCAUGCAUUUCAUAAUUCUCGCGCAUUUUACGGAAAUAUUGCUGCCAAAGAACGAUAGAAAAACUCCUUGAUCACAUUGAAGGUGAAUUUUAUUAGAACCUUUUCCACAAAAUUGCAAGUGUGCAAGUGCGGAGAAUUAUCUGAGUGUGCAAUUAUGUAAAAUGACAAUAAUUCUAUUCUUUACCAGACAAUGUCACAGUCAAAUUUUUAGCCUAAAUGCUAUUUUUUCUAAAUUCAAUAUGUAUGGUUGCUUUUUUAUGUCUAAACAUAGAUAUACUUAACAGUCUUUAGUGUCGUCCAGUGUCUUGGGACUUGGAUGCGUCAUUAUUGUCCAAUUUUAAGAACCUGAGGUGCAAAUAAUGUAUAUGGCCAAACUUAUACUCCAGAUGGAAACAGUUCCUCGACAGCGACUCAAUCGAGGCAGGAAAUAGAAUGGGCGUUUAUAUCGAGUCAACGUCGUGAAAUUCAACGCUGUAUUCCACAGUCAGGGUUUGUACAUGUGAGAUAGAGUCAAAUUCAAGGACUUUUCAAGGCCAUGUAUCAACGAAUUCAAGGACUAAAUACUGAUGAAAAUGGGUCAGAAAUCAGUAAAAUCUGACGUUGAAUUGUUCAAAACGCAUCUUUCUCAGAUAUGCACAUGCAAAAUCAAUUCAACAAAAUGUCCGUUUUGAAUGUCAAACAAUUUCAGAAAAUAUCCAAAAAUUUAAGGACUUUCAAGUACUUCUUUACAAAUUCAAGGACAUUCAAGGCCUUGAAUUUUUGUUUUCAAAUUCAAGGACAUGCAAAGACAUUCAAGGACAUUCAAGAACAUCCAAGAACAUUCAAGGACUUUCAAGUUUGUACGAACCCUGCACAGUUUCAGAUUAACAAUGUCCCCUUCACCUACAUAACAAUAAUAGUUCUAAUACAUAGAAGGAAAUAUUAAACAAUACUUGACGGUAAUAUGGUUCUCUCUACAGCCUCCCUCCAAACCAAUACUGGGUUGUUGCAUCAUCAGAGCUCGCGCAUGCGUGAGUUGUACUAUCAACAGCUUUGUAGACACCAAAAAUGUUCUCAUCAGGAAUGGUGGAACCAGACUUGAAGUUACAUUUUUGAUCGCCAAGAUAAGCGUUGAUUGAGAAUAUUUCUGUGUUGGUUUGUGUUGCCCAGACAUUACAGUUGUAGCAUUCCUGGCCUCUGAUCUUUAUGUAGUUGACACGAUGACAGAUUGGAGCUGAAGGCAGGA